UAAAAAGACGCCACUUGGAAGUUUGAAGUUUUAAUUGUGAGUGCUGAAGUGCAUCCAAACGCGUAAGAAGAUUCAGUGAACUGAUUCGGUCCAUCGAAAAUAUCCAAAUUCCGGUCGCUGAGACGGGGCAAUGGGAAAUAGCAAGAAGCCUGAUCCUCCUACCCUGCAAAAAUACGGCGUCCCUUUCUACUCUUCUGCUUGGGUUCCCAUCAAGGAACUCAGAUCCAAGCUUCAAUCUCACGAUCGUCAACAAUCCGAAGACAAAGAUGAAGAUUCAGGUAAGGAAUCCCCUCAGCAGGAGAUCUCCGAUCAAUACUACGUUGUUCUCGCCGGAGGUGGCGGAGAAGGUCGCAGCGGCAUCCCCAACGCUAUCGUUCUCUCUCAUUUCGAUUUCGCCUCCAGUUCUCUGUCUGCUCAGCCUGUAGCUAAGCUCGGACUUGGUUCUGACUUGCCUUAUAGAAUGGCUGUUCACCCAGGUGGAGAUGGCCUGCUUUGUGCAUUGCCAAAAAGCUGUCGAUUUUUCAACUGGGAUGAAGUGAAGGACAAUGAUGCCCACAAAUUGAGCCUAAAAGAGUCAGUAAAAGUUCUCACCCAACUAGAAGACAUUGGACAGCAGUUAGCAUUGGCCUUUAACAGUGAUGGUUCUGUACUUGCUGUUGGUGGAGAGGAUGGCCAUUUAAGGGUUUUCAAGUGGCCCAGCAUGGAAAUUGUUCUCAAUGAGGCCGAAGCUCAUGCAUCUUUAAAGGAUUUAUCUUUCAGCCCUGAUGGGAAAUUUCUUGUUUCCUUGGGAAGUCGUGGCCCUGGAAGGGUUUGGGAUGUGACUUCUUCAACAGUUGUUGCUUCUUUAUCAAAGGACAAUGAUGAGGUGUUUGCGAUGUGCAGAUUUUCUCAAAGCAGUGAUGACACUCAUGUUCUUUACAUUGCUGCAAUAACAGGCAAAGGUGGAAGUAUUCAGACAUGGGACACAAGCUCUUGGAGGAGGAUUGGCUCAAAGCAUAUAAGUCGUGAUUCAGCUUCUUCUUUCAAUGUAUCACCUGAUGGAAAGUUCCUUGCAAUGGGGACAAUUCAAGGAGACGUGCUGAUUAUUAAUCCAACCAGUAUGCAAGUUCAAACAGUGGUUAGGAAAGCACACCUAGGCAUGGUAACAGCAUUGGCGUUCUCCCAUGAUUCAAGGGCUUUGGUGUCUGUAUCCAUGGACUCAAGUGCAAGGGUGACACCAGUUGAGGACAAGAAAAGUGGAGGAUUAAGUUUGUGGAUCAUUUUAUUCGUAAUUUUACUGGCAAUUGCUGCAUAUUUCAUGAAGAACGAAGGACUUCUUCCUUUCCUUGGGUAGAAUUUACGGACUCUGAACAAAUGAAACGUGAAACUUUCUGCCUUAUUACGACAAAAAAAAAAAAAAAAGAAAGAAAAGAAAAGAAAAAGCAGAUCUUUGAAAUUGUGAAUGACAAAUUGGAACUUGUGGAGGUGCUGUGCUCAAUGUCUGGUUCAACCUAUCAAGCCACCCUGUCUAUUGGCUCAAGUCCCGACAACAGUCAGUUUAUAUGUGGAUUGAUCGUUUCUGUGCAUACUCGAAACUCUUAGUGGUUAAUGGAUGACAACUUUUCAGGCAUUCCUUUUAAA